AUGUCCUUCAACUCUAUUCCUGUCAUAGAUCUCAGUUUGGCCUUUGACGCCGAAACUAAACCGCAAUUUCUUGUGGAUCUUCGACAUGCAUUGAUCAAUGUGGGGUUCUUGCUUCUUGUCAACUACGAGAAGUACGGGCCAACACCCCAGGAUUUUGCAAACAUCAAACAACAGGCGCUAGAAUUUUUUGCUCUUCCCGAUGACGUGAAGCGGGCUUGUGAAAUGAUCAACUCGCCCCACUUUCUCGGAUACACUAGAUUGGCCAAUGAAAUCACCGCUUCUCACACCGAUUGGAGGGAACAGAUCGAUUUGGCCACAGAAUUGCCUGGUCCCGCCGAUGACGAGCCUAUCUAUCGUCGAAUUGAGGGCCCUAAUCUCUGGCCUGACGAGAAUGCCAUCCCGCACUUCAGAAAAGUGAUUACGGAAUAUAUAAGGAAGAUGACUAAUCUCAGCACCGUAUUCAGAAAACUAGUGUGUGAGGCUAUUGGCUUGAAGGAAGAUGCAAUGGACUCGUACUUCAAGGUAAAUCAACAGUGCAAAAUGAAAUUGAUCGCAUACCCAGACUCCUCGGCCUUGCAGGGCACCAAGUCGCUGGCAUUGGAAGAUACCCCACAAUCUGGCCAGGGUGUUGGACCCCACAGAGACUCCGAUCUCUUGACGUAUAUUUUCCAGGCUACGGAACACAAGAACUCGUUGCAAGUUCAAAAUUUCGAGGGUGAGUGGGUAACUGUAGACAAUGUGCCCAACUCGUUAGUGGUGAAUGCCGGUCAGACGUUGGAGGCAAUAACCAACGGGGUUUGUAAGGCAACAAUUCAUCGUGUGACCAUCCCAGAGGCUGGAUCGGGAACUCGACUCUCUAUUCCGUUCUUCCUGACCAUCGACUUGGACUCAUAUAAGAGCACGGUCUCUGGAAUUCCCGAGGAAGUGCUCAAGUUGAAAGAAGAGAGGGACAAGAAGCUUCAGAACUGGGGAAACAUCGGUUUCCAAUUUAUUCCUGAUGUGAGCAAAUAUCCUGUGGGGCAUGCUGUGUUUAGAAACAGAAUUAAAUCUCAUCAAGAUGUGGCUGCUCGUUGGUAUCCAGAUGUUCUUAAGGAGGUCCUUCAAGAGUAUUCAUAA